GAAGAGCUGCUUUGUGCUUCCGGUCUGGAUUGAUGACUCUUCUCAGUCUCAGCUGCUGUUGGAUUAGGAUCGGGAUUAUUUUCACCGGGAGCCGGAAGUGUGAGGCAGCUUCCUGUCAGCUGACGUGCUGACUCGCUGAGCGUGCUCAGUCGGUGGGGGGGUUCCCUCCAAAACAGUCUACUGCAUCACAGCGAACCGUUUUGAAGUCACCAUGGUGCUCGCAGACCUGGGCAGGAAGAUCACGUCGGCACUGAGGUCCCUCAGCAAUGCCACAAUCAUCAAUGAAGAGGUAUUGAAUGCCAUGUUGAAGGAGGUGUGCGCCGCCCUGCUGGAAGCUGACGUCAACAUCAAACUGGUGAAACAGUUGAGAGAGAAUGUGAAGUCGGCCAUAGACCUGGAGGAGAUGGCCUCAGGUCUGAACAAGAGGAGGAUGAUCCAGCACGCAGUCUUCAAAGAGCUCGUCAAGCUGGUGGAUCCCGGCGUGAAGGCGUGGACUCCGACCAAAGGGAAAAACAAUGUCAUCAUGUUUGUUGGUCUUCAAGGCAGCGGGAAAACCACCACCUGCUCCAAGUUGGCGUAUUAUUACCAGAGGAAAGGCUGGAAGACGUGUCUGAUCUGUGCCGACACCUUCAGAGCAGGUGCCUUCGAUCAGCUCAAACAAAACGCCACCAAAGCCAGAAUCCCUUUUUAUGGCAGUUACACAGAAAUGGACCCUGUGGUCAUCGCCGCUGAGGGGGUGGAAAAGUUCAAAGGUGAGAACUUUGAGAUCAUCAUCGUGGACACGAGUGGACGACACAAACAGGAGGACUCGCUGUUUGAGGAAAUGUUGCAAGUGUCCAACGCUGUGCAACCAGACAACAUAGUAUACGUGAUGGACGCGUCCAUUGGACAGGCGUGUGAGUCUCAGGCUAAAGCCUUUAAGGACAAAGUGGAUGUGGCGUCUGUGAUUGUCACCAAACUAGACGGACACGCCAAAGGAGGAGGAGCUCUGAGCGCUGUGGCGGCCACCAGGAGUCCCAUCAUCUUCAUCGGAACAGGCGAGCACAUCGACGACUUUGAGCCGUUUAAGACGCAGCCGUUCAUCAGCAAACUGCUGGGCAUGGGUGACAUCGAAGGACUGAUCGACAGAGUGAACGAGCUGAAACUGGACGAUAACGAGGAGCUGAUCGACAAACUCAAACACGGUCAGUUCACGCUCAGAGACAUGUACGAGCAGUUCCAGAACAUCAUGAAGAUGGGACCAUUCGGACAGAUCAUGGGUAUGAUUCCAGGUUUUGGUACAGACUUCAUGAGUAAAGGAAAUGAACAGGAGUCGAUGUCCAGACUCAAGAAACUCAUGACCAUCAUGGACAGUAUGAAUGACCAAGAGUUGGACAGUAAAGACGGAGCAAAGCUCUUCAGUAAACAGCCUAACAGGAUCCAGAGAGUGGCUCGAGGAUCAGGAGUGUCCACCAGAGACGUCCAGGAGCUUCUCACUCAGUACACCAAGUUUGCUCAGAUGGUCAAGAAGAUGGGCGGGAUCAAAGGACUGUUCAAAGGGGGAGACAUGUCCAAGAACGUGAACCCGUCUCAGAUGGCAAAGCUAAACCAGCAGAUGGCAAAGAUGAUGGAUCCAAGAGUCCUGCACCAUAUGGGUGGGAUGGCAGGUCUCCAGUCGAUGAUGCGUCAGUUUCAACAGGGCGCUGCUGGAAACAUGAAAGGCAUGAUGGGAUUCAACAAUAUGUGACCGCUCACUGACCAAUCAGCUGCCUUAUCUACAGAUGUUGAAACUUCACCCACCUCCUGACAGGAAGAGGGGGCGGGGACAUAGAUGACCUUUAAUUUAACCGUGUUUAUGUUGUGUCAGAGCAGAGAGAGUCCCGUACGGACGAGCUGUUGCCAUGACGAUGACCACAUUAGUGACAGUGUUUUUGUCGAAUAAACAUUUGUAACAUUUUAAA